UGACAGAAGAAUCAGCCCCGAGGCAGAAUGAAGUGGGUAUGGGGUAUCAGAGUCACCCAUCCAUCUCUGACUGACCCACGCAUUACACAGGGGAGGGCUGAUCAUGUGGAUUCAAAACUAAAAGACGGGAGUAGGGAUGGGUCUCGUGUAUAACCAGCUGAGGGCUCUUUAAAAAGGUUCAGCGGAAACAUGAACCACAUCACAGAAGUAGAGGCAGACCUUGCUUUGUGAGCAAGCUCAUCUCUGGAACAAACCGACCAAGCAUUUCUGCCGGUGUUCAUUAGAACAGACACCAUGGCAGAGUACAAUUACGAAGACUAUAACAGUUCCUAUGAGAGCAGCCGGGAGGAGCAUCAACACUUCCUGCAGUUCAAGAAGGUCUUUCUGCCCUGCACAUACCUGGUGGUGUUCAUCUGCGGCCUGGUAGGGAACUCCCUCGUGCUGGUCAUAUCCAUCUUCUACCAUAAGCUGCAGAGCCUAACGGAUGUGUUCCUGGUGAACCUGCCCCUGGCUGACCUGGUGUUUGUCUGCACUCUACCCUUCUGGGCCUAUGCAGGCAUCCAUGAGUGGGUCUUCGGCAAGGCCAUGUGCAAGACCCUACUGGGCAUCUACACUAUAAACUUCUACACGUCCAUGCUCAUCCUCACCUGCAUCACUGUGGAUCGUUUCACUGCAGUGGUUAAGGCCACCAAGGCCUACAACCAGCAAGCCAAGAGGUUGACCUGGGGCAAGGUCACCUCCUUGCUCAUCUGGGUGAUAUCCCUGCUGGUUUCCUUGCCCCAAAUCAUCUAUGGCAAUGUCUUUGAUCUCGACAAGCUCAUAUGUGGUUACCAUAAUGAGGAGAUUUCCACUGUGGUUCUUGCCACCCAGAUGACACUGGGGUUCUUCCUGCCACUGCUCGCCAUGAUUGUCUGCUAUUCAGUCAUAAUCAAAACACUGCUUCACGCCCGAGGCUUCCAGAAGCACAGAUCUCUAAAGAUCAUCUUCCUGGUGAUGGCUGUGUUCCUGGUGACUCAGACGCCCUUCAACCUUGUGAAGCUCAUCCGCAGCACACAGUGGGAGUACGAUGCCAUGACCAGCUUUCAGUACGCCAUCGUAGUGACAGAGGCUAUCGCAUACCUGCGUGCCUGCCUUAACCCUGUGCUCUAUGCCUUUGUCAGCCUGAAGUUUCGAAAGAACUUCUGGAAACUUGUGAAGGACAUUGGCUGCCUCCCCUACCUUGGGGUCUCACAUCAAUGGAAGUCUUCUGAGGACAAUUCUAAGACUUAUUCUGCCUCCCACAAUGUGGAGGCCACGAGCAUGUUCCAGCUAUAGGCCUUGUCAAGGUUUUGAAUAGCUGCUCUGGAAUUUGUAAGGCAUGGCUGUGUCCUCUGGAUCGGUGAGGCAGGCUUUGUUUAUAGCUUGGGCCUUCUCGUGGAGAAGUUAUCAGACACUCUGGCUGGUUUGGAAUGCUUCCUCUCAAGUGUGAAUAUGUACUGUUCUCUUCUUGAACACUCAUGCUGAAAGCACAAGUAGGAGGUCUAAAAUUUUUAAGGACUUUCCUUCCUCUAUCCCCAAGAAUGCUGAAACCAAGAGGGAUGACAUGCAACUCCUAUGCUGUCAGGUUCUCCUUAAUUGGCACUGGGGCUGAAAGUUGAAGAGGUGAGCACAGCCAAUAAAGUUGUUGAUGGUAGGUGGCACACUGGGUGCCCAAGCUCAGAAGGCUCUUCUGGCUACUGGGCAAACAGCGGAGGUAAGAGCAGCUGUGAAAACAAAUGCUGACUUAUCAGGCUCACACCUCAACCACCAGGGCACCUAACAGAAAUGAGAUCAGGUUCUGCCUCACUUUGGGGUUUGACUUUUGUAUAGGUAGAUGUUCAGGUUGCUUUGAUUAAUCCAGAAUAACUAGCACCAGGGGCUAUGAAUGGG